UGUGUGUGUGUGUUUGGUGUGUGUGUGUGAGAGAGAGAGAGAGAGGGAGAGAGAGAUUAGGCCAAAGGACAGCCUCAUGUAGCAUAUACAAGUAUAUGAAUCAUACCAUAUCUUAGUAAUCUAACUAGGAGCAUCCUGCCACUGACUCGCAUGUGAUUGAUUCAGCCCUGUGUUCUUCCCCUUUAGUGCCCUCUUGUACCCCUUCACCAGGCCUGCUUCCCUUCUACUUCUCCAUGUUCCCAGACAACCAGAGAAGGUGCUGCCAUUAACUGAGUAUUUAGGUACCUCCCACCCUUUGGCAUGACACUGUGGCUCAGAGAGAAUGAGUGUGUGUGUGUGUGUGUGUAAGGAGGUUGUUAAUUUGAAGGAUAUCUGCAAUCACAUGAAAGAUAAAAAGCAAGGCAUAAUCACUGAACCAAAGGAAUUUGUGUUUUGUAAUUGUGGGAAGUUUUAUUUUGCACUUUGUUAAAGUAUUAAAUGCAUUUUUCCUGUCCUGUGUCAUUUUGUCUUUAAAAAAAAAAAAAAAAACUUGCAUUUCUCUCCUUUUGCCUUCCUCCUGUGACCCUCAUUUUUUCCCCUCCAUCUGCAACGUGGAUGGUCAGUGCCUUCAUCCCUACCCAUCUCCAGCUCUCUAUCCCUAAAAUAAACAGUGCCAUCUUCAAGAGCCUUUUUUCUCUGUUAAUAAAGGCCUACACCCUUCUCUACUCUACCUGGCCUUGCUCAACCUAGGAAGGUUGCCAAGAAUCAAAUCAAUUGUGGGACUGAGGAGAGGGACAUAAAGAGAUACUUGCUUUCUCUUGAGCAUCUCCAGAGGGCCAAGGGGCUAGGAGAGAAAGGAAGGCCAGUUGUUCACAUGCAUAGAUUCUCUCUCUCUUUGCCCCAAACUACCUAUACCUUGGAAAUCCAAUCUGGGAAUCAGCACCUUCUUCCCGCCCACCCGCUCCCCACACCCCUGCAUAGGAGGAGGAUUUUCUUUGGGCAAGCCUUUCUGGGAGGGGAGGUGGCAAAACCUGUUUGAAGAUGAGUUUACUUCCCUCUGCCUCCUCCAUUGGAGUCACUGAGACAGCAGCACAGAGGGAAGAAGUAAUAGGGGAUGGGGAACUUCUCCCAUUCCUCAUCUUAGGUGUGACGAUGGGAACGUUAGAGGAACCAAGAGAUCUGGGGGCUGGAGAGAAAGUGGAAGAGCUGGGACCAUCGCUGAGAUUUGGGGAAGUGGAAUUGGAAGAAGAGUGGCAAGAUGAAGAGUUCCCCGGACUGCUCCCCGAGGAGAUCAAUUCCUCUGAAGAUCCAGAGGACAAUGGAGAGGGCACCCAGAUAGGUCCCUCAAGCACAUUAGCACUAUGUGGUAGGCGUCAUAUGCGGAAGCGCCUUUCAGCCCCAGAACUCCAACUGAGCUUGGGGAAGGACUCGGGAGAUAAAGAAGUCUCUCCCAGCCACUCCACACCUUCUUCACCACAUGAUAGUUCUGACCUAGAUGUGGAUGAUUUGGAGACACCCUCAGACUCCAGCGGGCACGAAUUUGAGUGGGAAGAUGAGCUUCCCCAAGCAGAGGGCCUGGGGGCAAGUGAAGCAGCUGAAAGACUGGGCCAGGGUUGUGUGUGGGAUAUGGCUGGGGAAGAUGGCCAUCGAGUGAAGGUGUUCCGAAUAGGACAUCAGGAGCUUCGAGUAGAUAUGACAAUCAUUGAACCCUAUAAGAAGGUCCUGUCUCAUGGAGGUUACCAUGGUGAUGGCCUCAAUGCUGUUAUCCUUUUUGCUUCCUGCUACUUACCUAGAAGCAGCAUCCCUAACUACGGUUAUGUCAUGGAGCACCUCUUUAGGUACAUAGUGGGGACUCUAGAACUACUAGUUGCUGAGAAUUACCUGCUUGUCCACCUGAGUGGAGGAACCAGCCGAGAUCAGGUACCCACUCUGAGCUGGAUCCGCCAGUGUUACCGUACCCUGGACCGACGACUCCGAAAAAACCUGCGAGCUCUGGUGGUUGUGCAUGCUACCUGGUAUGUGAAGGCACUUCUGAUGAUGCUCCGGCCUUUUAUCAGUUCCAAGUUUAGCAGAAAAGUUCGUUUUCUGGACAGUCUAGGAGAGCUGGCCCAGCUCAUCUCCUUGGAACAUAUCCACAUCCCUGAUGCCGUCAGACAGCUGGACAAGGAUCUACAUGGCUCCAGAGGAACCUAACCUUACCUGGAUUGGAUAAUGGGCCCUCAAACCAAAGGAAGAGACUGCCUUCAAGCUCCUGAAUUUAUUUACUUUCGCUUUUAUAUACUCCCCAAUUUAUAUAUUCUCCCUCUCUGUCUCGGUGUCUCUCACUCUCUUCCCUAACCCAUUCAUCCAUUUUGGAUUUUGCUUUCCAACUCUUCCAGGUGUUCUUACCUAAAAAACAACUGGGCUCCAAGGAAUCCUAAACCCAAGCAAGCUGGCCACUUUACCUUUUACGUUUUAAGCCUAAAGAAUGAGCUGAAAAAUGGGCAGGUUUGGACUUACUGCCUACAGCCAUACUGGGGUCCGGGGACUAUUCCCGGAUAAGGAGCUGCCUCUCAGCCUGUGCCAAUGCCUUCCUGUCUCUGUUCUUUUUUCUUCAAUAAAUUCAGAUGUACAACUGCAGCUUAAUAAAGUCACUUACGAGA